AUGCCCAAGUACGUGAAGAGAAUCACUCUCUUCAAGAUCCCCGAGCAGCACAUCGACUCCGUCCUCGCCGCCUACGUCGUCCUCAGGAAGAACGCCAAGAAGGUAAGCUACCCCAUACCAGUACUCAAUACCAGACAUCAAUUGGCCAUGCACUCCUCCUCCUCCCCCGCACUCCCUCUCCCAAGACCGCCACCACCACCACCACCACAACAAGUCCCCUGGCUGACCCCUUCCCCCGCCACACAGGAUGGUCGCCCCUACAUCGUCAGCAACGAAUCACGCCGCGUCUCCAACACCGACAGCCCCAUCUCCGACGGCUUCACGGUCGUGAGCCAGACGAUUUUCGCGAACUGGGAGGACGCGAAUUUCUACGACAAAAAAUGUCCCGCGCAUCUGGAGUUGAAGAAGGUGACGGGGCCGGUCAGGACGGGCGUGCAGACGAUCAUCUAUGAGAGUGAGGUGGGCGUCGAGGGGGCGAAGCUUUAG